AUGUCAACAAGAACGGAGAUGGGACUCCUGGCGUCAUCAAUUCUUGUGUGCCUGAUAGUACAACUGGUGAGAUCACAGGAAGACCCGAACUCUAACAAAGGUACCACAGACAACAUCAAAGCUGUCUUUGAGGGCAGAUGUUGGGACUACGAUGUCACCAAGUACAACGACUUAUUACCAAGAAUUGACGCGGAUUGUAACGUACUUUGGGAUAAAUUUUCUCAAGCAUUUUCCUUCAGAGCACCGUGUGCAGUAAAACUAUCAAGCUACGAGGAGUUCAUGUCAUUAGCAAAGCAAAGCUUGCCUGCAAACAAGGUGAUGUUUUGGUCAGGUAUCUUCAGUCUGGCACACAGAUACUCUGAAAACGGCGCCAGAUUCAUUACACUGGAGGACACCAUGAUUGGCUACUUGGCCAACUCACUCACCUGGUGUGGUCAAGAAUCUCCACCGGGAAUCAACUACUCCAGCUGCCCUGACUGGUCCGACUGUCCGACAGAGGCCAGUGAGAGCUUCUGGGCUGGGGCUUCAGCGACGUUUGCCUCUCAAGCUACCGGAAACGUGACGCUGAUGGUUGAUGGUUCAGAUCCCAACAAGCCGGCAUAUAGACGAAGCAGUUUCUUUGGAAAAUACGAGUUGCCAAAUCUAGCUAUCAGUAAAGUGCAGUCGGUAAAUGUCAUUGUCGCACACGCGCUUGACAAACCAAAAAUCGAGGUGUGUGGCAACGGUUCUUUGGCUCUUCUUAAAAAGGACGUCACAGCCAGAGGUUUGUCAUUCACUUGCGAAGAUGACCCAGACGCCGUACUGCACCUUCUCUGUUCCGAUGACCCAGCCAGCCGGGAAUGCCAGUUGGCAACUGCACACCAAGCCGGGAGUUUACCAAGCAAUCUUCUAGAAACUGCUGGGUUUAACCAGAAGCCAGCCGACAUGUUAAGCCAAACAGUGGUCUAUUAG